AAUCCUUAGCGGGAAGCGUGAGGUCCAUAUCCAAGUCUCUCCACUAUCCAAGCAGCCAUUGCCGCAGAGUGCCAAAGCUCUCCGUCUCACCGGAGCAUCAGCAACUGUUCAACAAGAGCAACCCAUGUCCUUGUUGAUGAGCGAGGCUGCAUUGCAUUGUUGUUUGUCUAAAACGAGCAUAUUAAAGAAGAGUGGCAAGUAUUCUUCUGAUGGUAAGGGAAAUCAGGAAAGCGUUUAUCUUGAUAAACAUGGGAAAUGGAGGACCUUUGAUAAGAAGAAGCUUUCCAGGAAAAAGGGUGGUUCUUUGAGAGGAAGGGGAUGGAAAUAUGGGUCUGGAUUUGUGGAUGGAAUAUUUCCAGUUCUUAGUCCUGAGGCUCAGCAGAUACUGAAGUUUGUAACGAGGGAAGUGGAUGGUAACAAAGUUUGUGGUUUACUUGAUACACUGCCUCCUAGCCACUCCUUGUGGGAUGAUCUCAUUGAUGUGUCUGUUCAACUCCGUCUUAGCAAGCGAUGGGACCCGAUAAUUUCAGUUUGUGAAUGGAUGUUGCAUAAAAGUUCAUUCCGUCCUGAUGUAAUGUGCUACAAUUUGCUCAUUGACGCAUUUGGCCAGAAAUUACAGCACAAGAAGGCAGAAUUAAUUUAUUUGCAGCUUUUAGAAUCACAUUGUGUGCCAACAGAAGAUACAUAUGCUAUUCUUUUGAAGGCUUACUGUGCAUCUGGAUUGCUGGAGAAGGCUGAGGCUGUGUUCAGUGAAAUGCAGAAGAAUGGCAUCUCUUCAGGUGUGGUUGUUUAUAAUGCUUAUAUCGACGGAUUACUGAAAGCGAGAAAACCACAGAAGGCGCUGGAAAUAUUUCAAAGGAUGAAAAACAGCAGAUGCAAACCAUCUACUGACACAUAUACAAUGAUCAUCAAUUUAUAUGGGAAGGCAAACCAAUCAUUUAUGGCUCUAAAAAAUUUUCAUGAAAUGAGAACUGAAAAAUGCAAGCCGAACAUUUGCACUUACACUGCCCUGAUUAAUGCUUUCGCAAGGGAAGGACUUUGCGAAAAGGCCGAAGAAGUCUUUGAACAACUGCAAGAGGCUGGUUAUGAACCUGAUGUGUAUGCAUACAAUGCACUCAUGGAAGCAUACAGCCGUGCAGGUUUUCCUUACGGUUCUUCGGAAAUAUUCUCCUUAAUGCAGCAUAUGGGAUGUGAACCAGACAGAGCUUCUUAUAACAUUUUAGUCGAUGCAUAUGGUAGAGCUGGUCUCCAUGAAGAUGCAGAAGCUGUGUUCGAAGAACUAAAGCGACAAGGAAUGGCACCAACAAUGAAAUCUCACAUGCUACUCCUAUCAGCCUAUUCAAAAACCGGCAACAUCUCAAAGUGUGAAGAUAUAAUGAACCAGAUGCACAAGUCAGGCAUCAAACCAGACACUUUCGCGCUGAACUCAAUGCUUAAUGCUUAUGGAAAAACCGGGCAAUUUGAGAAAAUGGAAGAGGUCUUAAGGACAAUGGAGAAUGGUUCAUAUGAAUUAGAUAUCAGUACUUACAACAUACUGAUUAACAUCUAUGGAAAAGCAGGAUAUCUGAGUAGAAUGGAAGAGCUUUUUAAAUCUAUUCCUGAUAAAAAUUUGAAAGCUGAUGUUGUGACAUGGACUUCAAGAAUUGGUGCAUACUCUAGAAAAAAGCAGUAUCAGAAAUGCUUGGAAAUAUUUGAAGAAAUGGUUGAUGCUGCAUGUUAUCCAGAUGGAGGAACUGCCAAAAUGCUUCUCUCUGCUUGUUCCAAUGAGGAACAGAUUGAACAAGUUACUACUAUUAUCAGAACAAUGCACAAGGAUGCCAAGACUCUGUUCAAUAUCUAGGUUUUUUUUUUUCACUUGCUAGUCGUUCUCUGGAACAUUGUGUUUCAACUGUCAUUUUAAUAAUGUAUAUUUUGUUGUUUUUUUUUUAAUUUGGGCAUCAAUACCAUCUCCUCAUUAACUUUA